AUGGAUAAUUCCACUCUACCAGUAAAUUUGUCUGCUCUGAACGAAUCGUUAAAAUACGACUACGAUCACCGAUAUUUGACAAGCCCGGAUUUUUUUCUACCGGAACCUUUGUCUUAUGAAUUGAAGACAUUCCUCAUCGUCAUCUACAGUGUUAUUAUGACCGGUGCUGUCAUAGGUAAUCUUCUUGUCAUUAUCGUCAUCCUCGGAAACAAGCAGAUGAGGACGGUUACCAAUGUAUUUCUGGUAUCUUUAACUAUCAGCGACACGUUGAUCGCCGGGUGGAAUAUGCCCAUACAGCUUGGUUACUACGUCCAUAACGAGUGGACACUGGGCGAGGUCAUGUGCAAGAUGUCCACCUAUCUUCAGACGGUCAACGUUCAAGCUAGUAUCUUUACGCUGACUGCUGUAGCCAUAGAACG